AACCUAAUUGGUAUCCUUUCGAUUGGUUGGAAGAAAUUAAUCAAGCAAAUAAUGUUCGAUCUGUCCAAGGAAGAGCUACUGUUCCUAGUAUGGAACUAUUCUGAUAUCAUCACUACUGUUGCAGUAGUUUCUAUAGGAGUAACUUUUUUUGUCUCCAAAGCUUGGAGUUGGAGAAGAGAGAAACUUGAUCAGAUUCCUGGCCGGCUGGGGUUGCCCUUUCUGGGUGAAACCAUUUCUUUUCUUUUAGCCACCAACAGCACAAGAGGGUGCUAUGAUUUUGUUAGACUCCGAAGACUAUGGCAUGGAAAGUUUUUUAAGACGAGGAUAUUCGGAAAGAUCCAUGUGUUUGUUCCGAGUACAGAGGGUGCAAGAAGGGUAUUUGCUAAUGAUUUUGUGCAUUUCAACAAGGGGUAUGUGAAGUCAAUGGCAGACGCCGUUGGAGAAAAGAGCUUGCUAUGUGUGCCACAUGAGAGCCACAAGAGGAUUAGGAGGCUUUUAUCCGAUCCUUUCUCCAUGAAUUCUUUGUCCAAGUUUGUCAAGGAUUUUGACAAAAUGCUCCGUGAAAGGCUCAAGAAUUUCGAAGCUGGGAAAAGCUUAGUGGUGCUCGACUUCAGUAUGAGGUUGACAUUCGACGCAAUGUGCAAAAUGCUUAUGAGCAUCACCGAUGAAUCCUUGCUACGAGAUAUCGAGAGAGACUGCACAUCUAUUUCCAAUGCCAUGCUUUCCUUUCCCAUCACGAUUCCUGGCACCAGAUACUACAAAGGCAUCAAGGCACGUAAAAGGCUCAUGGAAACCUUUAAAGAUAUAAUGAAAAGACGACGGAGUGGGAAGGAGUCCCCUCAAGAUUUCUUGCAAUCCAUGAUACAGAGAGACUCAUAUCAUCCGAACGAAAAGCUCGACGACACAGAGAUUACGGAUAACCUAUUGACAUUAAUAGUUGCAGGACAGACCACCACUGCAGCUGCAAUGAUGUGGAGUGUCAAGUUUCUGGAUGAGAACAAAGAAGCACAGGACAUGCUCAGGGAAGAACAACUGUCAAUAUUCAGAAAUAAGCCUGAAGGAGCCUUGGUCACUCUUGAAGAUCUUAACAAAAUGUCCUAUGGUUCAAAGGUUGUCAAAGAAACAUUAAGAAUGUCAAAUGUCUUGUUGUGGUUUCCUCGUGUUGCACUUAAUAACUGCACAAUAGAAGGUUUUGAGAUAAAGAAAGGAUGGCAUGUAAACAUUGACGCAACUUGUAUACACUAUGACCCAGAAUUGUUCAAGGACCCUAUGCAAUUCAAUCCUUCAAGAUUUGAUGAAAUGCAAAAGCCAUACAGUCAUAUACCUUUUGGGUCAGGAGCUAGGACAUGCUUAGGAAUGAAUAUGGCAAAAGUGACAAUGUUGAUCUUUUUACACCGACUCACUAGUGGAUACAAGUGGACAGUUGAUGAUCCAGAUACUUGCCUAGAAAAGAAGGCACAUAUUCCUAGACUGAGAAGUGGGUGUCCCAUAACUUUGCAGCCCUUAGGAGGUGGGAACUAAAGCAUAGAUGAGAUCAGUCCUCUGUAUGUUAACUGUGUGAGAAGUUCCUAGUGUGCUUGAAAGACAAAGUGGGGUAGUCUAAAGCAUGUAAUGCCUCUAGUUAUGACUUGUUCUCUUCCAAAGAUCAGCCACACAACAUAUAGGAACAGAGUGCAGAUUGAAUCCAACAACUAUCAGGCUCCAUUUGCUUUUAAGAUAAAAAGCCAGAAAGAUACUAUGUUUACUUCUCUGCAGCUCCAUAUCCUUGCAUUUAAGAAUGGUUAAGCUAUAUCAAUGAGACAUUUGCAUAUUGAACAACAGUAGUAUUUUUCAGAAAAAAGAUAUCCAAGAAUAUUAGAAGGUCCCUAUACUGCUUCAGAAGCAUACUCAACUAACAUAUUAUUGCCAAACUCCUAACAUAGCAAUUUUUAAUAUUGACACGAUACUCCUGUGGCCUAGAUUUUCUGCAAGACUAAAAUUAUAUGGACAUCAGGGAGAAAUUAAAAAAGUACGUAAUUUUGAAAGAAGCAUUAGUUUUAACAUGAAGUUUGCAACCCUAAGAUGAGAGGACAUCAUACAUGUUCCUGAUAUACCUAUAUAUCAAUAAUUCUUGUGUACUAAGGCUGCGUCUCUCUACACUUUUUGACAUAUACAACUUUACUUAUAAAAAAAAAAAAAACCUAUAUAUCAAUAAUUAUAGAGAAUCUGACAAACCAACAAUCGCGUCUCAAAAAAAAGACAAAGAAAAUACAAA